GUGAAUAGUUGGUUUCACAAAUAAUUUUAAAGUUAUACAGUCUCCUCAUUUGACCUGAGACACUGAAGUAAAAAUGACGCCGUGUGAGAUAUUUUUCGCAAUAAUAAUUAUUAUAAAAUGCCUUGCAACACCAUCAUCGGCAGGUUGUUCCGGAAGUAGAAACAUUAUACUACCUCGAGGUUCCGUACGAGUAAUGUACGAUCACGGCCAGCUUAUUGCAGGACUAGCAGGAAUAAUCUGUCCAGAUGAAAUCAACCAUCUUUGUCUAGAGACUGUGGUAUCUGAACUCCCUAAUCCAAGCGAUUAUCGAACAAUUGAGAGAACUUACGCAGCACCUGUCAAUCACCUAAUUACUCAGAAGUCAGAUAAAGGUUAUCAAAGCUCUAAGGGGACACAUUAUGAAUAAUAAAGAAAUAUGAUAAAAUUCAGAAGAAUUGUUUAAUGGAGACAAAAUGUUUUGGAAGUAAUAUAGUUAAACAUGAUCGACUCUGUUUAAAUAUGAUAAGCAGCUUCUUCGCAGUAGACUCUCUAAUAAUUGCGUCGGAAUCAUCAAAUUAUUGUAGACGCUUAUUCCUAAAUUAACGCAAAUGGUUGGUUUUAACAAGAAUUUUAAAACUAUAUAAUCUGGUUAUGUGAUCUGAGAUACUCUGAAGUCAAAAUGACGUCGUGCAAGAGGAUUUUCGCAUUAAUAUAUAUCAUAAAAUUGUUUGUAACAUCAGUAAGCUGUCUAAGCGCUAACGAACGCAUUGUACCUGAGGGUGCCGCACGAGUGCUCUAUGGACACGGCUCGCUUAUUGCAGGACGAGCAGGAAUAGACUUUUCAGACGAAGUGGAUCGUCAUUGUGGUUCAUAUUUUAUAGAUAAAUCAAAAAAGCUAUUAGCACAUGUUCAAUAUGUGAGAACUUUCGCUACAACUAACAACGACACAAUAUCAGCGAUUUCUGUUUUUGACAUGCCACUUGAAUCUAAUCUUGGAGGCCGCAUUGAACUACUUAAUGGUGGUCCCGGAUAUAAACAUGUCACCCUGAAAUUCACCAGUGCUUGGAAUAAUAGAAUUCAAAAAUACAUCAAUCUGUACUGUCGUGAUAGUCCUCGUGAAGCUUAAAAUUUUCUAAGCGCAUACAAUGUGAGAAAAUAAAACUAAUUUUUAACAUUUUCA